AGACUGUUAUCGCCAAAAACGGAAUUUUGGAAUGCGAAAAAAUUAAACCAGUACAAUCCUGAGAACUUGUAUUGCAUUCGUACGCCACUGUGAUUACGGCGCUGUAAGGUGUAGUAAGAAAAAGUAUCACGCUGGUCGGUGACAGUUUAAUAUUAUAAUAAUUAUUAUAAAACACCUCUGACCUCUAUCCGGUGAUAACCCCGUUUUGUUGUUGUUCCUUACUCCCUCUUGCCGGGCUGCUCUCUCUCACUCGCUCUCUUUUGCUCUUCCCCACGCCGCCUUCCGGUUACAUACACACACAAUAUACACAUACACAUACACAUGUACACACAUACUAUUAGCGGAUACACUUGCGCACGCGCACGCGACGGCGCACACGUACGCGAUGUCGACUGAUGACGUAUAAACCGAGGCGACCGCUUUUCUCAUGAUAAUACGAUACUGUUUUUAAACGCACACGCACGCACACUAAUAACGCGUAAUUGUAUAUAAAUUUUUUUUCCUCUCUUCUCUUAACCCUUAACGUGUCGCACCGUUCGUCGCCCGGUUAUUGGGCGCCCACAUAUCGGCUGAUAUCGCGACCGCGAUGCGUAUGACCUAUCGUCUACCGCUCGUCGCCGACGUCGCCAUCGCCGUCGCGCCGUCGUCAUUUUUGUCUUCACCUUAAUUGUUGUACUCGACAUCGUCGCCUCCCUCAACUUCGUUGUCACCUUCGUCUUCGAAGCCUCCGUUGAGUACGUACAUGGUACUACUACCGUAGCAGUGUAAACUAACGGUUUACGGGAAAUAAGUUUUGCGCCGACACCGCCUCAACAGACGUGGCCACACUCCCGGAAACUCUGUCGACUUCCGAUGUGCCGUCGUCCACCAUCGAACUGAUGUGCGUCCACCGCCUGUCGAAUACGAUGAUCCGUUCCCGUUGAAAACGUUGGAACUUCACUACUGUUGCUACAAGGCGUUUUGAGUGUCAAAUUAUCAAUGAGUAAUCAGCUGGUCGACUCAUGUUUGUUGGUGAACAGAAGGGUGGAGAAGCUUCAAGAGCAAAGCUUCACUUGCACUGAGAUAACACAAAGAGCUCAGUCAGACCUCUCUCAAAGUAAUUCAUAUCCAAAUGAUAUCGCUUUUUCAAACAACGGCCUUCAAGAAAAUCAUUCAUCUAAUUCAUCUGCUCAAUGUAGUGAAAAACCUGUAUUAGUAUCCCAAACAAAGAAACACCAAACAACACAACAAGUUACAACUGUGACAAAAGUUGUUCGAGAAGUUCAUCAUAUGAUUCCUAAUGGUCAUUCAUUAGAUUACAUCCCAUACACAUUAGGAGUKUCAUCUUCAUCAACUUCAUCAACUCAACCAAAUAAUCCAGCUCAUAUGUCAGAAUCUGGACAUUAUAAUAAUGACUACCAGAAUUACAAUCCAGGUUGUCAGGAUUAUGACCAUUAUGUUGGCGUACAUCCUGGACUUUCGUAUUACAGUUCCAACAAUAUACCUGGCCAACAAGGGGCUAAAAUAGAUGGAAAUGCAUACCAUGUAUACGACACAGGAUCAUCCCCUAAUCAACUGGGGCAUGAAUAUAAUGAAACGAUACCCACACCACCAAGUCCUAGUGCUUGCAGUGAAUCUCCUCCACCACAACAGCUCUUGGCUCAAGAAUACAUGAGAAAAGGAUUACCAUAUCCACCUUCUGGUUAUGAAGAACUUGAUGCAACUCAAUUGCAUCCUAAUCAUGACCAUUAUCACCGAAUUACACCGUCACCUGGUGAUUGUUAYGAUCAAAUGAGCGGAUCAUGGAAUAUGGAUGAAUGUGGAGAUCAAAUGGCACAAGGUCUUAGAUGGAGGGAUCCUAAUUUGCCUGAAGUUAUAACAUUMUUGGCUAACCCAAAUAAUUUAAUUAAAGCAAAUGCUGCUGCUUAUUUACAACAUUUAUGUUAUAUGGAUGAUCCAAAUAAACAAAAAACUAGGACGUUAGGAGGAAUACAGGCUUUGGCAAAGCUCUUAAACCAUGAUUGUCCAGAUGUUUACAGAAAUGCAUGUGGAGCCCUUAGAAAUUUAUCAUAUGGAAGACAAAAUGAUGAAAACAAACGAGCCAUUAAAGAUGCCGGUGGAAUACCAUUACUAAUUAAUUUACUGCAUAAAUCAGCUGAUGCAGAAGUUAAAGAACUCGUUACUGGAGUYUUAUGGAACUUAUCAUCAUGCGAAGAUUUGAAAAAAUCAAUUAUUGAUGAUGGUCUUUCUACUAUUGUGAAUCAUAUUUUACUACCUCAUUCAGGGUGGAGCCCUACUGCUUGUAGCGAUAUUUGUUGGUCUACUGUAUUUAGAAAUACUUCUGGAGUAUUAAGGAAUAUAAGUUCAGCUGGUGAAUAUGCACGGAAAAAGUUACGUGAAUGUGAAUAUUUAAUUGAUUCACUUCUUUAUGUAAUUUCAACUGCUAUUGAAAAGUCAAAUAUUGGAAAUAAGAGUGUUGAAAAUUGUGUUUGCAUACUAAGAAAUUUAUCAUAUAGGUGUCAAGAAGUUGAAGAUCCAAAUUAUGAUAAACAUCCUUUACCAACUCAAAGUAGAAUUGGUCCUCAGCCAAAAGCAGAAAACUUAGGUUGUUUUGGAGCUAGUAAAAAGAAAAAAGAUAUCCAAGUGGUUUCACCCAAAGAAAACCCUAGUAGUCGUAUAAUUCCUAGAUCAGAACCAGCUAAAGGAAUGGAACUUUUGUGGCAACCAGAAGUGGUUCAAUCAUACCUAGCGCUGCUACAGAGUUGUUCAAAUCCAGAAACUCUUGAAGCUGCUGCAGGUGCAAUCCAAAAUUUAGCUGCUUGUUAUUGGCAACCUAGUAUUGAAAUUAGAGCUGCUGUCCGGAAAGAAAAAGGUCUCCCUAUUCUUGUAGAACUCUUACGAAUGGAAGUUGAUCGUGUAGUAUGUGCUGUUGCUACAGCUUUAAGGAAUUUGGCUAUUGAUCAAAGAAAUAAAGAACUAAUUGGAAAGUAUGCAAUGAGAGACUUAGUGCAAAAGUUACCAUCAGGAAAUGCUCAACACGAUCAAGGAACUUCUGAUGAUACUAUAGCAGCAGUGUUGGCUACACUGAAUGAAGUCAUUAAGAAAAAUGCUGAAUUUGCUAGGUCAUUACUGGAUUCAAGUGGAGUAGAAAGAUUAAUGAAUAUAAUUAGACAGCGUCAGAAAUAUACAUCUAGAGUCUUGAAAUUUGCCAGCCAAGUUUUGUUUGCUAUGUGGCAGCAUCAAGAGUUGAGAGAUGCAUACAAAAAGCACGGUUGGAGAGAACAAGACUUUGUUACUAAGACUAUUGCAGCUAGAAAUGCAGCGGGUGGAGUGAACUCACCAAAUAAUGCAAACAGUACACUUAAUCGCCCUAUGGCAAGUCAAGGGGGGACUCGGUACGAAGAUCGGACGAUACAAAGACAAAAUCCAAAUGUUUCACAGAUGAAUCAUUCACUAUCAAACUCUAAUACAAAUUCUACUUAUCAGGCUAAUGAAGAUAUUCCAUUAGCUGAUAUGCCGUAUCCUGAAGUGUCUAACCAUACCCCUCCUGCUGGUGGAGUAUUAAUUUAUCCUCCUGGACAUCCGUUAAGACCUGGCGAGCCACUUUAUGCUCAAGUUAAUCGGGAGAAAAAGAAGAAUAAACAAUAUGACCCGUCGUGUUCAAUGGGUGAAAUGUGGAAUUACAAUGAACAAGCACAACCAAAAGUAUCAUCUGUUGAUGUUUCAACCGCCCAAGGAGGUGAUUCAUGGGUAUAAAAACCAUUUGGCUGAUUUUAUUYGCAUUUUUUAGUAUCUUUAAAUAUACAAUGUAAGUAUUUGUUAUUAUGACGAGGUGAUAUUAUUAUUAUUUCUGCAUUUGUGACACAAAA